CCGCCAAGAUGCCUGUCCCCUUUCUGGGGCGCCUUAACCCAUGGUUUAUUUGGGAGAAAUAGCACCGAAUAUGCCGCCCUUGUUGGAUCCUUUUUGCUUGUAGGGCUCGAGGCCUUUAUUCGAAUAUUUACGCUUGCUUUGCCGCCGUCGUUAUUACAGCUAUGUUACGGGAUCUCGAGACGUCUGUUUAAUAGGUGGACUAGUCCAGCGCAGAAGCGGGCAGAGCAGAGGAGAAAAUCGGUCUCGGCCUCGAUUCGCGAUGCCUCCGAUUUCGUCGAUUUAUGUGCCAUGUUUGGCUACACCGCCGAGGAACACGUGGUACGAACCGAGGAUGGGUAUUUGCUGGGAAUACACAGACUUGCAUGGCGGAAGGGGGAGGAGGAACGGAGGGUGAAUCGCGGGCCGACCAGCGUCAGGAAGAAGGUGGUUUACCUGCACCAUGGGCUGCUAAUGAACAGCGAGGUGUGGGUUUGCUUGACGGAUGAGCAGCGCGCUUUGCCCUUUGCGUUGGUGGAGAAGGGUUUUGACGUUUGGUACUCGAAAAAGUCGAUCCGAUAUUCCCCCACGACGACUGAGUUUUGGAACUUUUCCAUUGACCAAUUUGCCCUCCACGAUAUUCCUAAUAGCAUCAGCUACAUUCUCGAGAUCACCGGCCAGCCGUCCCUCUCCUACAUCGGCUUCUCCCAAGGCACCGCGCAGGCUUUUGCCAGCUUGUCCAUCCACCCCAAGCUCAACGAGCAGGUCAAUGUCUUUAUCGCUCUGGCGCCAGCCAUGUCGCCAGCGGGCUUGUCUAACGGCAUAGUUGACGCUCUGGUCAAGGCCUCGCCACAGGUGCUGUUCCUCCUUUUCGGCCGGCGGUCCAUACUCAGCUCGGCCACCAUGUGGCAGUCAAUCCUCUAUCCACCACUGUUCACCAAGCUCAUCGAUCUAGGUCUCUCCUUUCUCUUCAACUGGCAAACCAAAAACAUCAGCACUUCGCAGAAACUGGCCGCUUACCCUCAUCUCUACUCGUUCACCUCAACAAAAUCAGUGGUACACUGGUUCCAGAUCAUACGAACCAAGUCCUUCCAGAUGUAUGAUGACGAUGUCCACCGGCCCCUGAUCUCAGCCACCAGCAACAAGUACACCAAAGUCGCUAGGUACCCGACGAGGAACAUCAAGACGCCGAUCGUGCUCGUAUACGGAGGUAGUGACUCGUUGGUCGAUAUCAAGGCCAUGCUGAAGGAGCUUCCUAGUCAAACGCUAGCCAACGAGAUCCCACACUAUGAGCACCUGGACUUUUUGUGGGCGAGGGACGUGGACAAGUUGGUUUUCCAGCAUGUCUUUGAUGCGCUGGAGAGUUUCACUGGGGCGGAGCAUACGAGGGAGGAGUAUGAGCGGUAUAGAACUGUCAGAAAACAGCACACAGACUUGGUCAAGAUGGAGAGUGGGCUAAGAAGGGGAAGCCACCUGGCUAGGGGAAGUGAUGUGGCUGAUAGUGAUGUCAGCACAGCGGUUGGGGAAGAAACAGUGAGGGUCGUGGAGUUGAAUGGGAGUUCAAAUGAGGACGCGGCCGGGACUGGGGAGGAGAUGGAGGAGGCGCAAAGUGAAUGGGGGGUGUCACCUACAAAGAGGCUAGAAAGCCCGUUGAAGUUUGAGUCGAAGGGCCUGCCACAGUUUCAGGACCGUGAGAGGCCAUGGUCGAGGGAGAGCCACAUCCCUUCGCCGACAACACAGCAGCAGCUACAGCUCCAACCCACCGUCUUGCCACCUAGGACAAGUAGGAUUGCCAGGCCGAGGGCUAGCAAGGGGAACCUAGCUGCCGAGAUAGCUGCUUCCGGUGGCGAGGACUACCCAAACUCCCCGCACACGCCCGUGUCCAAAGCGGAGAUGACGGACGGGUUCGCAGACAGUCCAGCUGGCGACACUGGCCCUCACGCCGCCACGACGGGGAUGACGGGGAUGAUGAACAUGAUGACUACUCCAAAGAGGAGGGGGACGGGAGGGAGUCAUAUGAGUUUUGACUCUAUGAGGGGAGGGAGGGGAAUUAGUCUGGGUGCCAGUAAGUUCUCCGACGCUGUUGCUGUUCUUGAUGGGGAAGGAGGGGCAGAAGAACACUGA